GCAUGUGCUCGUCACUUAUCGAUAAUCGUAUCGCUUUGUUCUCGGAAAUUUGCAAAAUCUGAUCGGGCUUCCCCAGGGAUUAUUGUUGUCUAGAGAGCUCUUGGAAACAUAAAACUCACGUUUCCCCGCGAUCUUGAUUCGAGAUAUCAGUUUGAAUCAUCAUUCAUACCCUGGUUCACAAGACCUUCUCCCCGCGAUCGUUCGUCAUACGGAAGCGAACCCUAUCUAUCUGGAGAAAUUUGCCUCCAUCGUGAUCACAAACGUGGUUCCGUCGACAGAAGAGAUAUCAGUUGUCCAGCUGCGACACAUUCCCAAAGCUCCCCAACAUGGAUGGACCAGAUCAGAUUGGUCCGGACCUACGUCCCAAGCAAACUUGGGCCGAUAAAGGCCGUCGAAUUGUCAAAACCUUCACCACGAGGGAUGGAUUAAUAGGAGACUACGAUUAUGCAUACCUUUUCACACCCAAAAUUCCUUUCAUGAAGCAAACGAGGCGAUCGGCCCCGUUUUUUGGACUCGAGGAUCGAGUCCCAGUUUUUCUGGCUCUUCUUCUGGGCUUACAACAUGCCCUAGCUAUGUUGGCUGGAGUUAUCUCGCCGCCAAUCCUCCUGGGUGGUUCUUCCGGAGCCAACUUUGGAGAUGAAGACUACCAAUACCUAGUGUCGACCUCUCUGAUCGUAUCCGGAUUGCUGUCUGCCCUUCAAAUGACCCGCAUUCACAUCUACAAAACGCCAUACUCGAUGGGUACGGGCCUGAUUUCAGUUGUUGGUACCUCGUUCGCGAUUAUUACCGUAGCGUCGGGAGCUUUUACUCAAAUGUAUUCGUCCGGAUACUGCCCGGUUGAUGCCCAGGGCAACCGUCUGCCUUGUCCGAAGGGCUAUGGAGCUCUCCUCGGUACCUCCUGUCUAUGCUCUUUACUCGAAAUCGGCCUUUCAUUCAUAAGUUCCAAGGUCUUGAAACGUGUCUUCCCAGCCUUGGUUACUGGACCAACUGUCCUACUGAUUGGAGCAUCUCUCAUUGAGAGCGGCAUGAAAGACUGGGCGGGAGGCUCAGGCGGUUGUGGCAGCGACCCCUCCGCCCGUGCCCUAUGCCCCAGUGCAGAUGCACCGCACGCUCUACCCUGGGGUAGUGCAGAGUUCAUCGGUCUCGGAUUCCUGGUCUUCGUGACCAUUAUUCUGUGCGAAAGAUUUGGCUCCCCCAUCAUGAAAUCCUGCGCCGUCGUCAUCGGUUUGCUGGUUGGAUGCAUUGUGGCGGCAGCAUGUGGCUACUUCGACCGCUCAGGCAUUGACGCAGCCCCAGUAGCGUCCUUCAUCUGGGUCCGGACAUUCCCCUUAUCGAUAUACCCACCACUCAUCCUCCCCUUACUAGCAGUCUACAUCGUGAUCAUGAUGGAAUCAAUCGGCGACAUCACAGCCACAUGCGACGUUUCUCAAGUGGAAGUGGAGGGGCCCAACUUCGAUUCGCGCAUUAGAGGUGGUGUCCUGGGCAACGGUAUCACCUGUUUGAUCGCAGGCUUAUGCACCAUCACACCCAUGUCUGUGUUCGCCCAAAACAACGGCGUCAUCGCUCUGACGAAGUGCGCAAACCGCAAGGCUGGAUACUGCUGCUGCUUCUUCCUCGUCAUCAUGGGCAUCUUCGCCAAGUUCGCUGCCGCGCUUGUCGCCAUCCCCAGCUCUGUCCUCGGUGGUAUGACUACCUUCCUCUUCUCGUCCGUCGCUAUCUCCGGUAUCCGUAUCAUUUCCACCAUCCCAUUCACACGUCGCAACCGUUUCAUCCUCACGGCCUCUUUCGCCAUCGGUAUGGCUGCCACGUUGGUGCCAGAAUGGUUCCAAUAUUUCUUCACCUACAGUGGUGAUAACCACUCCCUGCAGGGGCUUCUAGAUGCUGUGGUGCUCGUUAUGACCAACGGAUUCGCAGUCACCGCUAUGCUGGGGUUGGUUCUCAACCUUCUUAUCCCGGAAGAUCCGGAGGAAGAGGCCGCCAUCAUGGAGGCCAGGGGUAGCGAGGUCCGGAGUGAGAAUGAAGAGACGAGGGACAUUUCGGAGUCCCCAGACUAUAAGGGCGCCCAGGCUGGUCCGGCUACUGUAUAA